CAACGUUUCUGUUGUCAGAUAUUUAUUCCUCACUCAGCCGUAGCUUUUGUAUUAGUUUCGUGCAAAGUUAUUUUCCACAUGCUCCCUUAGGGGCUUUUGGUGUCAGAAUGGAGGGUAAAGUUAUCGGACCCGGGCCAUACCGGGCGACGAAGCUGUGGAAUGAAACCAUUAAACUUUUUCGUGGAGGCAUGCCGUUACGGAGGCACUGGGCGCACUUUCGCUGCUAUGACAGCAGUUUCACGGGAUCGGAGGCUGUGGACUACCUGCAUGAACUGCUGAGGCUCAACUCCAACUUUGGGCCUGAGGUUACGCGCCACCAGACCCUGCAGCUACUCAGGAAGUUCUUCAAGGCCCACGUCAUUGAAGACAUCAAAGGACGGCACGGGACGGAGGACUUUGAUGACGACGGCCGCUUGUACCGGUUCCCCACGCUGUCUCCACUCAAGUCUCUUCCAACGAGGCCUCUGCUGAAGAACAACGAUGACCUGCCCAGACUCAUCCGCUGGGAUGACUACGAGGAACUACCUCAGCAGCAAAAAUCUGCGCCGCUCAAGUCUUCUGUCCUGACUUCAGAUUUGUGGAAUAAAAGACACAGCGUGGCCAUCGGAGAUGUUCACGAAUGCAAGCUAAUACGCAGGAAAGAUGUAACUCCGAAAGAAGUGGAUCACAUCUGGAAGUCGAUGACGGUGGCACACUUACAGAGAGUUUUGGGCCUGAAGACACUGGAUGGAGUUCUAAACCCGGCUCACGUGAACGGGAAGCACAUCGUACACAAUGUGUUCAGUGUUAAUAAAACGGGCAUAGUCGUGUUGGAGAACAAAGCCGAGGACAUGCCAUACUGGGUGGUGUCAGCAAUGAAAUGCCUUGCAAAGUGGCCUCACGCCAACGAAGCCCGACAGCCAGUGUACCCCGGUUUCGAGAGAGACGUUCUAAAAACGGUGGCGGAUUACUUCCAGAGGCUCAAGGAGCCGCUGCUGACUUUCCAUCUGUACGAUGUCUUCGUCAACAUCCUCAGUCUGCUGCCGGAGCAGGACGCGGCCGCCGAGGCGCUGCGGGUCAGCUGCCUCCUGCUGCCGCCGCCCAACCGCCGGCGCCUGCAGCUGCUGCUGCGCCUGAUGGCCCGCGUCUGCCACAACCCCCUGCUGCCGCCGCUCAAUGACACCAUCGCCACCCGCACGCUGAUGGUGCAGAUGUUCUCCCACUGUGUUCUGGGCUCAGCGGACGACAUUGACUUGGACGAGCUGCUCGCUACCAAACUGGUGACUUUUAUGAUGGACCACCACAACACCAUCUUCCAAAUCAGCGGCAAACUGCGGCGCCAGGUCGAGGAGCAUCUGUCCCACCUCAAACGAGCUCAGAUCAAAUAUGCAGGUUCAGACACGGAUUUCAGCGCAUCCCCGGCUUUUUUUAAGCAGAUCAGCAGGGUGGAGUGUGAGGAGCAGAAGGCCAUAGGUACACAAACCCCCUUGCAACAGCUCCUGGAGGGCCUGAUCGCAAAUGACGAACUCCCCGCCAAGGACAAGAGGAAAAGACUCAAACAGUUCCAGAAGUCCUACCCUGAGGUCUACCACAACAGGUUUCCCACCGAGGAGAGCAAAGCUGCCGUCAUACCAGAGAAAGCCCCGAGAGUUAAACCUCAGCUCAUGAUCUUUAACCUCAAGAAACCUUUCCAGCCUUUUCAAAGAAGCUGGAGUUUUAGAGCAUGAUUUGCCUCCUCUGGCACAUUGACACGACGAAGUGUAAACCUGUCACGGGAGGAGUCUAGUUCACCGGUACUUUACUGUUUCAAGUAAAGAGUCCGUUAUAGUAGUACUGGUAAAGUUUUCAAAGAAUUUUAAUGGAUUAACAAAAUAAUAAUUACAAGAGAUGUCCUUCUUUUAAAAAAAAAAAGGGGGGGGGGGGGCUCUUGGCUGCUAGACAUCACCCCUAGGUUUCUACCUAAAUGAAAAUGCUGGAUUUUAAUAAUGUAGAUGUAUGAAAAAAAACUUUUAAGAUAACAUAUUUCUUAACAGAAAAAAAAACUUGAAAAUAAGGGAACCACUAACACUAAUGUUUCUUAAAAUGAAAAAGUGGUACAUGUAUGUGUCGUCUUUUGUGUAAACUACAUUUUUUUUGUCUUUUUCUGUGUGAAUUAAGUUGAAGAACUCAACUGAACAAACAUCCUUUCAAAAGUAUUAAUGGGUCGUGUGGUAAUGGUCGUGUGGAUGAUCCAAACACAGAUGGCAUGUGCCGUGUCAAAGAUGCUCUGGUUUCUUUCUCAAAGUUAAUCUGCUUUGAUUAGGCUACAUUAGGCAGCUGAUUUUUUUUAUUUAAUUUUUUGGUUCCUUUUAAUUGGAUAAACAGUUUCCUGCCAUCUACGAACAUAUCAGGGCUGUGGGAAGUGUAGUACCAAAUCUGUGUCCAAAUCUCUUUCAGAGAGUCCCGUGUUCAAACCUUUAACUGGAACUGAGCGUGUGACUCUGUUACACAACUACAAAGAAGUAGCUGAGCUUAACCCAUAAAAAACCAGAGUCAUUUUAAAGGGAAUGCAUGUGUGCCAUAUCACUUUUUUUUUCCCCCUUUAAAUAUUUGCGCUCCACCAGAGCUGCAAUGUUACAUUUGUUACAUUCAUUUAGUUUGUCAGUCCUGUGUAACUCUGCUUUUGGGGGAAAAGUCACAACUGUGUUUAGCUCUAGAAAAUUAUGUUUCCAAUGUAAGAGAAUUGCCAGGUCCUUUUCCCUCUGAACUGUGUCUA